AUGGUGAAGAGAAAGAAAACGUCGUCUAUUACAGAUGAGCAUGAAUUUGGCAUGACUACGGGCUCUCGGGAGGGCAUCGGUGUCGAUGGGGACAGGAAUCCGUCUAAAAAGCCCGAAGGUUGCGACGAGGAGGAGAGCGCAGAGCAGGCGAGCGAAGAGCACAGUACAAAGGGAGACGGAGUGGAAAGUCUUAAUCCAUCUACAACUGCUCUGAACCCGGGUACUGCUACUGUCCAUCCUGCUUCCUCACCCAGCCGAACCGGUCACAACUCGACCCAGCAGCUACACGCCCCAGCCGAGUCCACGCAGACCCUCCCAGACCAACAUCAUUUUCUACGUUCAAGCGUCCGACCUCCAAGCAAGCGCAUACGGAAGGAUUCAGUUGGCUCGACCAUCAAUGGACAUGGCGGGGCAAAAGCAAAAGGUACAGAGAAUGGCUCUACCCCUGUUGCAGUUGGACAGUCAGGAGCUGUGGCCAGUUCUACAGGAGCAUCCAGGGCGUCCAAGGCUCAGGCCUCUGUGGAAAAGGAUGAGCAGACCGGGAACCAGAAACGUGCCCGUCGCCAGUGGGAGUCGUGGAGCGCAGAGGACAAAAACAGUUUCUUUGAGGGACUCUACGAGUAUGGGAAAGACUUUGAGGCAAUCCAGAACAAUAUUGCUAUAAAAUACAAGAAGCGUGGCAAACCAGCAAAUAUGGUUAAGAACAAGGAGCAGGUUCGCCACUUUUACUACCGCACCUGGCACAAGAUCUCCAAACACAUCGAUUUUGUCAAUGUGUACUCCCGGACGUUGAAAAAAUCCUCUCAAGAACUCUAUGGUCUUAUCUGUUAUGCUGAGCUGCGCAAGAAAGUUGGUGGGAUGAUGGAUGAUAAGAAUGUGGCAAAACUCAAUGAACUCAUUCAGCAAGGGGCCACAACUGUGCGCUCCAAGGGAAGAAAUUUGAGAAUAAAAGCACCUAUGUGUCGAGCCCUGAAAAAACUUUGUGACCCUGAAGGUGUAAGUGAUGAAGAAGAUCAAAAGCCAGUACGUCUCCCCCUGAAGAUGGCAGUAGAGCUGCAGCCCCGCAGUUCCUACUCCUGGGCACGUGUUCAGAACCUGGCACACAACCCUCGGCUCAGAAUGAUUGUGGAGUUGCAUCGAAAAGUCUCCAGCCUCAUUGAAUAUUUGAAGCAGAAGUGGACAUACCAGGACCAAUGGAUUCUUAAGAGUCUCAUGGAAAGGGAAGCUCUUGAAGGAGGCCAGUCCUCAGCGUCUUCCAGCAGAUCCCUGCAGGACGAGCUGGUGCUGUACCCCGCAGAGAGCAGCACGCUGACCACACUGCCAGGGGUAGCACGUGUGGCACACUCCAAAGCCUUCUGCACCGUGCACUGGCUGGAAAGUGGCAAGAAUCGUCCCAAUAAUAAGGAUCUUCCUGCUGCUCAAAUAUUGGGCAUUCACAGCUCAUCGCGCUCUGGUUCAAAAUUGGGUAAAGGUGUUAGCACUGCUGGAAUUAUGGCUUCAGGGUCUGUACCAGUAGAAACCAAACAGACAGAAUUGUACAGUGUUGAGCCAGCAUGUGAUUCUGCCAAGCCUGAGGAGAAGAAAGCCCAAAAGACUCCAUCUGUAACUCCUCAGCUCCAGGAGGAGGUACAGAAACCUGAAGGGGAAAAGGAGAAACCCAUGAGCAUAUACACAAACGGCAGCAUACUAGACUUGUGUGAUAAGUUGGGUACUAACAUUCAGCCCUCCGAGGAGUGCAGAGAGGAACAAGGUGCCAUAAUGUCCUCUCCAGAAACCAACCGGACUCCUCCUGCAAAGCCCACGUUAUCUGAGGUAUCUGCUAAAGAGAGAACAGUGGAGCAACUCCGAGAGGAAGGCUGGAGUGCCAGAGAUCCCGACAGUGUCACUCUGGCUGAGCUUUACCUCAUGUUUGGAAAACCAGGGAAGCUUCAGCUGGAAUACGACUGGCAGCCUAUCUCAGCUCCUGACCAGUCAGGGAACGGACAAGAACCGGUCAAACCCACAAGGAUGAACAGUGUGCUGCGCUGUUUGCUCAAGCUGGUGUCCUCAGAGGCCAAUCCUAAACCACUGGUUCCAGAUAUGUGCUCCAUUGCAACAUCACCUCUGAAGACCACAGCAGAGGAACACCAAGCUGUCACUCCCCCAGGAAAAACAACCUUAGCGGGCAUACGAAGCCCUGGCUAUAGCCGCCAGCAGAUUGCCCGGGGUGGCCGGCUGCUGCACCCUAAUGCAGGUGGCCGCAGCCAGUUGCGCCCUCUGCUGGGGUCUGAGUCUGAAGGGGCAGUGUUUGCAGUGCCAACCACACUCCCUCCCAACAGCAGUCGCCACAACAGGAUGUUUUCCCCUAACAAAGAGGCAGAGCUGGCCCUAAAGCAACAGCUUGACUCCAUUAGUAUGCAGUCCGAUCUCUUCUCAAGACAGAGAAAACCUCGAAACAGACAGCUUCGUAAGCCACUUGUGGUCCAGAGAACGCUUCUGCCCCGAACAACAGGAGACGCCUCACAACAUGUGUGCUCAUUUUCAAUUCUUUCAAACUCCUCUGCCACAGGAACUGGUUCAUUCCGUCCAAUCCAGACACGACUUACUCCUGCACCAAGGCCCAUUGUGUCUAGAUUCUCUGCUGCCCCCAGUGCUACACUUUCAAGUGCGAUAGACUUUGCAGCCAAAUCUGCUGGCAUAAUUCCUGAUUCGUGUCCAGAGUUGAGUUCUCCCCCUGUAGAGACCAGUCCUCUGCUGAGCGCUGCCCCCGUCACAGAAGCUCCAGCAGACUCGCUGCUUCUUCAGGACCACGCUCCAGAGAACAGGCAGUCUUCUCCUCUUUCCCCUGGAGCUGGUGGUGGGGACUCUAUCUUAUCCCCACCCAGUGUUGCUUCACUCCUGGACAUCUCUCUCCCUGGUCCCCCGGAGGAGGGAAUGGCGUCUGGGGAACAUCAGACGCACAUUAGUGACUCCAUCAUUGAGUUGGCCAUAAACUCUGCUCACUAUGGUGAAGAAGGGACCCUCUCCAAACUGACCAGCAGUGAUGGAUCCAAGUUGCUGGCCCCCUCUCCUUCAGUUAGCCCGUCCCAAAGCUGGAUGCCCUCUCCGUGUCAUGACCCUCAGUGGUACCCCAGUGACUCAUCAGAUUCCACACUAGGAUGUCUACUUUCCAGUAUGGUGUCUCCUGAUAAGGGAAGAAGAACCACCCUCACCUCAUCUGGCCCCUCCAGUGGUACGGCUCUACUUGGCCCAAGCCUCCUGGACUGCAACUCCCAUGAUUCUUUUCAGUCUCGUGGCCUUCCUGACCCAGCAGAAGUGGAUAGUCAGCUGGCCUGUAUGAUGAGCGAGAGCAGCGUUGACUACAUCGCACGGUUCAACGACUUGGCCCAAGAACUGGCCGUGGCCGAGCCGCCCACUCCUCCGCCUUGA